UGACAUGUGAUUCCCGCAUCAGUCUUAGUCCGACUUGUUUCUCACUCCAACUUCUCAGCGAACCAUUCGGUCUCUCGUCUCUGCUUCUUGCUUCUGAAAUUUACAGAAAUCUGCAAUUUCACAGCACGAACUGAUUAACUUUAUUCUCCACCUAGAUCAGUCUCACUAUGUCCCUGGUCUAGUCUUAUUCAUCUACCGUCGGUCUGCUCACACGACCUCCGCUCCUCUCCGAUCCCCUCUCGCAUCCCGCCCCCCCGUUUCGUCGACAUGACGUACUCGUCUUAGAUCUCGAUCCAUCACACAUUCAUGGGGUUAUGGCCUCUUCACAAAGCCAGGAGGAAGAAAGGUCGCGACACUCGCCAGACCCAGGCCUCACCGUUCCAGACCCUCUCCGACGGCUAUCCCGGUCGCCGCACCCAUACCAUCGCCAGGGCGGCCAGUGCCUGGACCCCCAGCCGACCGACCGCCGGACAUCCCUCUACGCUUCCAAAACCUCCAGUGACAGUGGCACCGAGGCCGACGAUGAGAGCACCGGCUUGCUCAGGGGCCUACCCGCGCCGCCCCUGCGACCGCGCAAAGGACUCCGCGCGGUCGGCGACUACCCCCACGACUCGUGGCUCCCCGUCCAAACGCGGUCCACCUCACGGAGCUCGCGGAGCUCGCGUCGGAGCUCCAGCGAAGAGGCGGAACUGGAAGCCUGCGAGCUGCGAGAAAAGGCGUCUCGGAAACGACGACUGGAGGUUCUACGGAGGUUGCUGGAAACCGCCCUGCUGUUGUCGGUGGGGGCGGUGGUGCUGCGCCCGGAGAGCGUGAGGGCUGUGGCUUGGGCGUGGAGGAAAGAGCUCCUGGCGUAUGUGCUUACGGUCGUCGGGCUGUAUGCGGCUUAUCCCCUGAGGCGGGGAGGCCGUCUACGACUGUCCAAACUCUCGAGCUUCGCGAUCCCGUCCAGUUUCGAUCCCGCCCCGCUGCUAUACCCCGUUAUUCUACCCGUCUACGUGGCGCUCUCCCUGUCGCAUCGGGACCUGCCGCUGGUGUUGCCCAAUAUUCUCCUGAGCCUGGCGUCCCUGCCAACGCCCGUCGUGCCGCUGCAUGAGUGGUUCCACGGCGGCAGCGUGGCCCAUUGGAUGGUGACGCUGGUCCCGGUGCUCGUCUCGGAGCAGUGGUCGGCCGACCACACGACUCCCACCCCCCUCUCGCUCCGCGGCCUCAGCGCCGAGCAGCUGACCCUUCUUUUUCCGUUACAUCAAGCGUUGAUACCCACUCUAGAUUUCUUGUUGACGACUAGUGUCCUCCCCGCGGAGUUGCAGCUGCUGACCGCUGCGCUAAUGAAUCUGUUUCUAUACGCCGCCUCCCCGCAGGCGGAGAUCCUCAAGGCCCUCCUGUGGCUGGGCGGCCUGUGUCUGCUGGUCUCGUGUCGCCAGGUGCUCCGCUGGGAGGUGGCCCUGGCCCGGAUUCCCACCUGGAAGUUCCGUCGGGCCCCGAGCGGCGCGCAGUCGCCCAAGGGGCUCCUAAACGCCAUCGACCAUAGACUGUGCCAGAGGCUGAGUCGCGCGGGGUCAUCGGAAGAACCCAUGUCGGACAGCGACAGCCUCGAGGGUCGUAAACUGGUCCCCCGCCGGACCAUGCACGACUACCGCGCGAAGACCCGUGCGCCCGAACCACCGGCGGCCCAGAACGGCGUCGCCAACGGAGCGACCCCCAAGCGACCCCGGGUGACGUCGCGCCGCCACACCAUCGCGAGCGUCGAUGACGCACGCGUCCGCACCACUCCCAGCGGCCGACGCAAACGCUCCAUGGCCCCGGGGCUGGCGUCGUUCCUCGCCCUGACGGUGCCGCAGGCGCAGGUGCGUCGAUGGCUGUACGCGCUCUACGCCUACGCCGUGGCAGUCAUCACCAUAAUGGGCCCCGUCCGGCGGUACGUGGGGCAGCGCGCCCUGUCAGGCGCAGAACCCUUCGGCUGGGCGAUCGGCUACCUGUUCGGGAACAUCUCUGGGGUGCGAUUCUGGACCCUCAUGUGGAAUCUAGACCACUGGGUCGCACUACCUGCGCGCCCGGACCUAGACGGCGCCACCUGCACCCUCGGGUGGGUAGAGCGCCUGCGGCAGACGACCUUCGGCGAGGCCAACACGCGCCUCCUCAUCGCAGCCUACUGCGUGGUCGUCAUCCUCGCCGGCCUCGCCGUAGUGCUGCAGCUCAGCGCGGUAGCGGAAGUCGACACGCGACGCAAGGUCUUCCACGGCAUGAUGGUGCUGAUGUUCCUGCCAACAGUGUACAUCGACCCGGCCUUCUGCGCGCUAGCGCUCGCCCUCGUCCUGACCGUCUUCCUGCUGCUAGACCUGUUCCGCGCGUCGCAGCUCCCGCCCAUCUCCCGCCCGCUGACCUACUUCCUGGCGCCGUACGUCGACGGCCGCGACCACCGCGGACCCGUCAUCGUAUCCCACAUCUUCCUCCUGAUCGGGUGCUCGAUCCCGCUCUGGCUCUCGCUGGCCGACCUGCCGCGGACGGGCGAUCUGCCGUGGUCCGGCUGGGAGGUCGUGUCCCGGGACGUCAGCAUGGUCAGCGGGAUCGUGUGCGUGGGGAUGGGCGACGCCGCGGCGUCGCUCGUCGGCCGGCGCAUCGGCCGACUGAAGUGGUUCUGGGGCGGGGGGAAGUCCCUCGAAGGCAGUCUGGCUUUUGCCGCAGCGGUGACGGUUGGGCUGCUGGCUGCGCGGGCGUGGCUCGCCGUCGGCGACUGGUCUGUCUCCGGAGCGGAGACGUCCACCGUCUGCUGGCCGAUAGCGGUGCUGCAGGCGGUCUUGGCGGCGGGCGGGACGAGCGCGACGGAAGCGAUCCUGACGGGGUGUAACGAUAACGUGGUGGUGCCUAUUGUGCUGUGGCUGUUGGUGCGAGGGUUGGGAUUAUGAUUGGUCUAGCACUAGGUAUUUACUAGUACUAGGUACCUACAUCGGUACCAGGGCUACCUGGGUACCUAACAUGCAGCGACUGGUCCAGUAGGUUGAUUUCUGUUCAUGAUAUCCUUGUUCUUGCUUUAGCGGCUUGAGGAUGUGGUUGUACUUCUUUUCUUAUCUUUUCUAUGCCUAUUCCUAUAUCCCCUGUUUAUUAUUUCUCCUCACAUGUCUUCUCUCCCUGAUCUCAUUAUUUUGUCUUUUCUAUCUUUAUUAUGUUUAUUAUUUUUUUUCUUCCUUUUUCCAUCAUAUUUUCCCCCUGAGAUUGAUGUAUGAGUGGCUCCUUACGACUACCUACGACGAGACGAGACGUGAGACAUGGAGCACAUGACCGGCCUGAUUAUAGACUGAUACACUGGAGUCGCAUAUAGAUAGAACUAUCGUUGAAUCGGAUCCGUUCUACUCCGU